AUGGCGACUGAGGGACUGAAAGUGCUCCAGGAAAUUUUCAGAAACCCACAGGUCGUCGACCAUCUCGCUAAUGCUCCAGAAGCUUGGUUAUGGUCUCUCUUGAACAGCGUGGUGUCGGCGGUGCCGUUUCCUAAGCUUCAAUUGGUGCCGCCAACGAUUGUAACCAUUGUCACAGCAUUGUUCGCGAUACUCAAUCCAGGAUACAUCGAGGAGCAUUUUAAAGGACCAGAAUUUUACGCUACUCCGAGAAGUCAUUUACGCGCCCAGUAUGAUUACGUCAUAGUUGGCGGAGGAACCGCGGGCUGCUUGCUCGCCAACCGUCUCUCGGCGAAAAGCUCCGUCCUGCUGAUCGAAGGUGGAUCCACAACCAACAUACUGAAUCAUGUCCCCUUGCUGAAUGCCGUGAAUUUCAGAGAACCGUCUCUGGGACUUGACUGGAUGUACAAUUCGGUCGAGCAGAAAUUCGCUUUCCAGAGAGUUAGGGACCGGAGAGCUCAUAUGGGAGGAGGUAAAGGGAUUGGUGGAUCGUCACACAUAAACUUCCAGAUAUAUUCGAGAGGCUGGGAUGAGAAUUACGAUCGCUGGGAACGAGUGUAUGGUGCAACCGGUUGGAAUUCGUCGGAGAUGUUGCACUACAUGAAGCUGCACGAGAACGUCCACAACGAGCCCCGGCUUAAAGAAGACCGGCAUGGUAACGACGGCGAAUUAUCGGUUAUGAUCAGUCCGCUGGGCGAGCGAAGGCAACCUUUGAUCGAAGCUUGGCUCGAAGCGGGAGCAAGAGUCACAUCGUCAGCGGUUGUCGACGAUCACAACGGAAACCAGGGCGUUGGAUUCUCGGUGAUUCAGACAACGAUAGAUCCGCUCAAAGGAUCUAGUUCCCAUUCCGGGAGAGCUUUCAUCGAUCCGAUCAGAGAAGAACGGAAAGAGAGACUCCAUAUCCUCCUGAAUUCCAUGGUUGAAAAGGUUCUUCUCGAUGGGAAUCAAGUUGCAACUGGCGUUGAGGUUCUCACCCCUUCCAUUGAUGGCGAAGCCGGUUCCCCCGCUCAGAAACGAGAGCGAAUCACGAUCAAGGCCGCCGGAGAAGUCAUACUAUCGGCAGGCUCGGCGAGAUCACCCCAAAUACUCAUGCUGUCUGGCAUUGGCCCCAGAGAGGAGCUAGAAACUCAUGGGAUCCCCGUCAAGGUAGAUCUGCCAUCCGUUGGCGCCAAUCUCCACGACCACGUCUUGUCGUUCGGUCAAGCAGUAUCUUUCAAGUCCAGGAAGAAUGAACGACCCGGGAAAGGAUGGUUCGAUAUGGAGCUCGGGGAGCUCCACAAAUUCUUCGCAAACCGAACUGGGAUGUUUAUGUCGGCAUGCGGCGUGCUCGGUUUAUCUUUUAUUCACUCUCCAAUAUCGGACGAUCGGAAGCUCCCGGACAUCGAGAUGAUCGCCGUGGACAUGUCGCUGGGAGCGCCGAUGAGCAAUGGGGCAAUGUUCAAGUUCGGAGUGAGACCAGAAGAUAUGUCCCUAUUCACAAGGGGCACCGGAGCCCAUGGAAACCAGAAUGGCUUCAUCGUUUCGAGCGUUCUGGAACGAGGCAAAUCCCGCGGCAAGGUUCGACUGCAGUCCCACAGCAUCGAGGACCAUCCGAUCAUGGACUUGCAAUACCUGAGCGAUCCUCACGAUGUCGACGUUUUGGUCGAGGCUUUCAAAUACACGAAGGAGUCGAUCGCUCCGCUGGCCAAAUUUGGAGCAGAGUACGCUCUCACGAGGGCUCCCGGCUGUGAUUCGGGCGAUCUGGACUCGGACGAAUACCUGCGCUGCCAUGUGAAAAGCUACACAAUGAGUCUCUGGCACAUGGCGGGAACAUGUCGCAUGGGUGCCUCUGACGAUCCUUCAUCUGUGGUAGAUCCGGAAUUGCGAGUCCGGGGAGUCCGUAACUUGCGAGUUGUCGACGCCUCUGUGAUACCGGAAGAAACUAGCGGCCAUAUGGUAGCUACGGUGUACGGGAUCGCUGAGAAAGCUGCUCAUAUGAUUCUGAAUCGAAAGACGCCGAAGGAAGAGCUGUGAUGAUGACUUUGUAUAUCGACAGAGAUUCCUCGAGAUCAUCAUUUUAUUUUAGUUCGGAGAACUUAUUUCUUGAAUAACACGCUGAGCUGAAACGUCAGUCUGACUACA